AAUGGUAUCGCUGAGCAUUUUUCUGCCUCUGAAUCUUUUUCAAAUCACCUGAUUUUCUUACUCUUGAGCAGGACCGAGUGGUUUUGGCACAUUAGUGUGCAUGUUCGAGGCGCAACAUGUCUUUGUGUAUGAAUGCUGGGCAGUCAUAACUGAUCUGGGGAAAAACAAGGGGAAACUCCCCCUCGGAAGACUUCUGAACAAUGACCGGACCAAGCGCCACCAGCAGCGGCUCAACGGCCAAGAGCAGCAGACACGGGCGGUCCAAGAGCAGCAGUACCUACUGUCACACUACCGGUCCGGCGGCUGAAUCCACCGCAUCCACUGCCGCGAACAACACCGGCAGGUCUUCCGGCGAGGAAGAGGAGAAAGACGGCGAGGUCCCGUUUUUCGUGAACAGGACGGGCUUUCCCAUAGACACUGUCACCUGGGACAGAAUGUGGUCACAUGUCACCAAAGUUCAUCCUGAUGGACAGGAGAUGGUGGAUAGAAUACGAAAUGCAACACACCUCUCUAAAGGCGAAGAGCUAAACACAGGGAGAAUCGGCUUGACUUUGGUGGUGGCUGGAAUGUUUGGCUCCAUACUGUGUGGAAUCUGGUUUUUUAUGACCGGUUACCUUCCCAUUGGCUUUGAAUUUGGCGUCGAAAUCACAUACCCUGAGUCGGAGGGCACAUCAUCUGGUCUUCUUAAUGCAUUUGCACAGGUGUUCGGCAUCAUUUUUACUCUCAUCCAAGGGCAGCUUACCACAGACUAUGGCCCACUCAGUGGAAACAUUUUCUUGUGUGCUUGGAUCCUCCUUGGCAUUGUUCUAACAGCUCUGAUUAAAUCAGACCUCAAAAGACACGGCGUCAACGUGAGCAAUAUAAACAAAGGACAAGCAAACUACAUGAGAAACUUGCAAUACAACCAUACAGGAACGCAGUUCUUUGAGAUUAAGAAAACCAGACCUCUGAGUGGGUUGAUGGAGACCGCCAGAGAGAUGAUACGAGAAUCACUUCCCAUCAAAUGCCUUGAAGCAGUUAUCCUUGGAAUCUACCUAACCAAUGGUCUGACCUCCGUGGAACGGUUCCCCAUCAGCUUUAAGACCCAGUUCUCCGGCCACCACUUCCAUCAUGUGGUGCUGGGCGUUUACUGUAACGGCCGAUAUGGCACUCUGGGUAUGAGUCGACGUACUGACCUUAUGGACAGAUCUCUGAGCUUCCGUACGCUCAGCGAGUUGGUGUUCGACUUUGAGGACUCGUACUGCCGCUACCAGCACACCAUGAAGAAGAUCAAAAUCGGCCUGUACGUGCCCCACAAUCCGCACGUUUUCCAGCCUAUUGAGUGGAACUAUCUGGUGAUCAAUGCCUGCAAGCAGGGCCGUGAGGACAUGCGCAAAGAGCUGGAGAAGCAUGGCCGUGACAUGAGGAUGAAGAUCCUCAAGUCAUCCAGUGCUCAGUCUCCAAUCAAAGAACGAACCCGAGGCAAGUCUUUAUCACCGCGCCGCCGACCAGCCAGCAGUCCCCAAAGACGCCAACAUGUCCACAGAAGAGACAAAUCGCCUGCAGCACUGGACAGAAAGCCGGCAGAACUCAGCACCCUCAGUGAUGGCUACCAGAUUCGCAUCUGAGACACUAAACGUACCAGCUUUAUUCUCCACAUGUCCUCCCUCAAUCAGAUCCACAGAUGAUGUUUUUAAACACUAUUUAAUGCACAUUGUGAACUGUACAGCAUAUUAAACAUAUUUAUAGUUGUACUUUCAUGUUAAGAGGGAAAUUGGGUGCCCUUUUUAAAGUCAAAAGCAAAAGUUAAAUGCGAUUCAG